UGUACCUAUUUUCCUUUAUGAUAUGAUCAAGAAGCCAUACUGAAUUUGUUAUUAAUGGUUGAAAAAUUCACAUUCACACAGGAAGCUGAUUAAAGGCAUCUUAAAGGUUGCCAGACCAUUUUGAUUCAGAUGAUAUAAAUCGUCCGUUUGCUUGACUACAACAAGAAACAGAAAGCAGUCAUGUCAAAAAAUAAGGGCAGUGAGUCAGUGAAGGUGGUGGUUCGAUGCCGUCCUUUGAACCAGAGAGAGGAGUCCAACGGGCCCGCAGGGGGCAUCGUGCAGAUGGACCUCCGGCUCGGGCAGGUGAUCCUCAGAAACCCUCGUGCACCAGCCAGCGAGCCCCAGAAAACGUUCACCUUCGAUGCAGUUUAUGAUGCGAACUCCAAACAGCGAGACCUGUACGAUGAGAGUGUGAGACCGCUGAUUGAUUCGGUGCUCGCAGGGUUCAAUGGCACCAUAUUUGCAUACGGGCAGACUGGAACUGGGAAGACGUACACCAUGCAGGGGGCGUGGAUGGACCCAGAGAAACGGGGGGUGAUCCCCAACGCGUUCGACCACAUCUUCACACACAUCUCCCGCUCGCAGUCUGAUAAGCAGUACCUGGUGCGGGCAUCCUACCUCGAGAUCUAUCUGGAAGAAGUUCGGGAUCUCCUGGAUCCCAAACAUGGCAACGCCAGAGCCCUGGAGCUCCGGGAGAGUCCAGAGUCCGGGGUGUAUGUGCGUGACCUCACAUCGUGUGUCUGCAAGAGCAUCAAGGAAAUCGAGGAGGUGAUGAACAUGGGCAACCAGGCGAGGGCGGUUGGGGCGACAGACAUGAACGAACACUCGUCCCGGUCCCAUGCCCUGUUCCUGAUCACGGUGGAGUGCAGCCAGCCUGGACCGGAUGGGAGGAAACACAUCCGGGUCGGCCGCCUCAACCUGGUGGAUCUGGCUGGCAGCGAGCGCCAAGCCAAGACAGGUGUCCAGGGAGAGCGCCUGAAAGAGGCUGCCAAGAUCAACCUCUCCUUGUCAGCGCUGGGGAAUGUGAUCUCUGCGCUGGCCGAUGGGCGCAGCAGCCAUGUGCCGUACCGGGACUCCAAGCUCACCCGGCUGUUGCAGGACUCAUUGGGCGGGAAUGCAAAGACUGUCAUGGUCGCCACCUUAGGCCCGUCUUCCCAGCACUACGACGAGACCCUCACCACCCUCCGCUACGCCAACCGGGCCAAGAACAUCCAGAACCAGCCCAGAGUCAACGAGGAUCCCAAGGAUGCUCUACUGCGCGAGUUCCAGAGGGAGAUCGCUCGCCUCAGGGCCCAGCUCAACCACAGGAAGUGGAGGAGCAAACAGAAGAAGGAGCAGGUGGACGGCGAGGGCUGGGAGAGAGACGGGGAUGAAGAGACGGAGGGCGAGGAGGAGGAGGAGGAGGUCGUGGAGAAGGAGGCGGAGGAGUACGUGAAGCUGGAGGAGCAGCGGUUGGAGAUGGAGAAGGAGGCCAUCAGAGGAGACCAAUUCAUGUUGGCCGAGGAGAAGCAGAGGCUCCUGGGAGAGAAGGAGAGGAUGAUGGGAGAUCUGAGGAAGGAGCAAGAAGCCACCGAGCAGCUGACCGCCAAGUACAAGGCGAUGGAGAGCAAGCUGCUGGUUGGUGGAAAGAACAUCAUAGAUCACACCAAUGAGCAGCAGAAGAUGCUGGAGAUGAAAAGGCAGGAGAUUGCUGACCAGUCACGUAGCGAGAGGGAGAUUCAGCAGCAGAUGUUGGCCCAGGACGAGGAGACGCUGGAGCUGAGAGAGACUUUCACUUCUCUGCAGCAGGAGGUGGAGGCCAAGACCAAGAAACUCAAGAAGUACCUCAAGCUCUAUGCCAAACUCCAGUGCAUCAAAGCGGAGAUCCAGGACGUGAACGACGAGCACGUGAGGAGCCGACAGGAACUGGAACAAACUCAGAACGAGCUCACCAGAGAGCUCAAGUUCAAGUAUCUGAUCAUCGAGAACUUCAUUCCUCCAGAGGAGAAGAAUAAGAUCAUGAACCGACUGACCUUUGACCCCGAGGAGGAUCAGUGGAAGUUCCAGCCUCUCGUUCCUGCUGAAAGUAAAUCCUCGCAGAUGAAGAAAAGGCCGACAUCUGCAGUUGGAUACAAACGGCCAAUCAGCCAGUACGCCAGGGUUGCCAUAGCGAUGGGAGCUCAUUCUAGAUACAGGGCUGAGAACAUCAUGUUCCUGGAGCUCGACAUGACUCCUCCAAACACCGCCUCACUGGACCGCUCAGCGGAGGCGGAGCCGAACCAAAGUCACUCUCUGGACAACUCGCCCACCAAGGACAGAGGCGUCCGCAAGUCUCGAUCCUGGUGUCAGACCCCUAAAUCCAUGGCUUCCUCUUCUUCUAAUGUUUCCUUGGCAGCGUGUCACACCGCUACGCCCAUGGCAGCACAGUAAAGCUUUAGUGAAGAGGGGGUUUUUUUUAUUAUUGUUAUUUAUUUUAUUCCUACGCUUCCUCUUCUGCUUUUCCUCUUCCUGUUUUUGGCCAGUGACCCUGGAGAAAGACUUUUCAGUGAGGCCUACAAGCUGGGACACAAACACACCACCUGUGCUGAAUCCUGAGAGGUGAUUGGCUACAUACAGGAGUGUUUAACAAGGAAGUGAUCUCCUGGCAGGAAACUAAGUGAACCUCAGAAAUACCAGUUCCUCCUGUUCUACGGAUGUAAAGACCCAAUAGAACCCCUCUUCUUCCUUGCAUGUUUGAGACCAUGAGCCUCGGAUCAUCCUCUUAAACAACUGGCUGCAGUGCUGUACUGCCCAGGUGUGUGUGUGUGUGUGUGUGUGUGUGUGGUAUCUGUAUAUACAGGGCUGUAUGAUUGCCUGUUUGUGUUUCUAAUUGCUAACAAUACAGAUCUGAAAGCUCACAAACUGCUUGAAUCGCCUGUAAGAUAUCAGUGUAAAUAUUUCAUCUCUCUGGGGUUUUUCGGGGGCAGGUUUGGUCUGUUUUCUGUGUAAAAGAGGAGACAGUUGGCUCGGAAGUGAAUUCAUAGAGACGAGAGUUUGUGUCUUUGUUGGCUGUUGGACUUGAGCACAGUAGAAAAUAAUGAUGUAAGUUAUGUUGUCGGUCAGACGAGGUAUGCUGAAACCUGAAUGAUGACCUUUAUCGUACGUGUUGUCUCGCAUUGUUUCUCCACAGUGUCGUAAUUUAAAAACAAUGCCUUAAAGUAAUCUGAAAGCAGUAGAAACAGUGAGGCAUGCCACCAAAAUAACUUAACCGGGAUUUUUAUUCAUAUCACAGCAAUGAGAAACACACACAUACAUCAAAUAUUGUUGUGGUGAAAUAUUGAAUUUAUUAGAUCAGUGUCCAAGGUUUGUUAAACAAUUGUAACCAUGUUAACGACAAUGCAGUAUUGAUUGUGAAAGUUCUCUA